AUGGGUGAAGCCUCCAUCGUCGCAUCGAACUGGCGCCUCGUCGAGGUUGGACGUAUCGUCCUCCUCCAGGGUGCCUCUUCCUACGCCGGCCGUCUGGCUACCAUUGUCGAGAUCAUCGACCACAAGCGAGUUCUGGUUGACGGACCCUCGUCGGACCCCAAGCUCGUUGUCCCCAGACAAGCGCUCCCCCUCUCAGACGUCCUCCUGGCACCUUUCGUCAUCGAGAAGCUGCCCCGUGCCGCACGAACCGGCACCGUCAAGGCCGCGUGGGAGAAGGCAGGCAUCGACGCCAAGUGGAAGGAGAGCAGCUGGGCCAAGACCAAGGACCAGAAGGAGCGCAGACAGAACCUGACCGACUUUGACCGAUUCAAGGUCCUCCGCCUCAAGAAGCAGCGACGAUUCGAGCAGCGCAAGGCCCUGGCCAAGGUCAAGGCCUCGGCAUAA